AUGGGCCAGGCGGAGAGCCUCUCGAGGGCAGACGUGCACAGCCUGGCGAACUUCUCGAAGGCGGACAUCGCGCGCCUCUACAGCCGCUUCCGCUCCCUGGACGCCGACGGCAACGGGCAGCUCGACCCCACCGAGAUCCUCGGCGUGACCGAGCUCACCGAGAACCCCUUGGUGCGGAGAGUCAUCUCUGUCUUCGACAAGGACGACAGCGGCAACGUCUCCUUCCUGGAGUUCGUGCUCGGCCUGGCGAAGUUCACCGCCGGCGCGUCCGAAGAGGAGAAGCUGGAGUUCGCCUUCGCCAUCUACGACGUGAACAAGGACGGGUUCAUAUCGAACGGCGACCUGUUCCAAGUGAUGAAGAUGAUGGUGGGCGACAACCUGGGCGACGUGCAGCUGCAACAGCUCGUCGACCGCCAGCUGGUGAUGGCCGACAGUGACGGCGACGGGAAGCUUUCCUUCGACGAGUUUAAGGAGGCGGUGAAGAACAUCGGCAUCGCCGAGCAGUUGUCCGUUGACAUCUCGGUCGUACUGAGCUCGUCGCCGCACCGACGCACUAAUAUUGUGUGUGCGUCGUCCCCCCAGGGGCGACGCGCGCGCCGAGAAAUACUAAAGCAUAAGCUCGAUGCCGCUCGGCACACCUCAGGGCAGCUGGGCGCCACAGGGGCGGCAGCAGGGGGAAU